GGGCUGGGAGCGGCUGGGGGGUGGAGUGUGGGAGUGGACCUUAGAACGUUGAGCGGAUUUACGUAGCAGAAGAUACCCCAUUGCAGCAAAGACGUCAUUGAAGCAUGUCGUAACUUCGGGCACACCCGAAAAAAAAUAUGCCCAGAAACCGUGGGUUUACACGAUUCAUUUUUCUUUUUUAAAAACGAAUUUAUUCAUACGGUUGUUUCUGCGACUCCGAGAUCGCUGCUAACCAACUGGAACUUAUAAGCAUGUGAAAGCAAUCGGUCUUCUGACGUUUAUUUGGUAAAUUCUGAAUGGUUCCUCUAUAAAACGCUUGCAGUGAACUAAACAGAUUAAUUCAAAUCAUCGGUUAUUUAUUGACAUAAUGUGUAAUGCCUGAAGAAAGGAUUCUCGAUAAGACGCUGGUGUUGAACUAAACAGAUUAAAGUCAUAGGUUAUUUAUUGACAUACUGUGUAAAGCCUGAAAGGAUUCUUGAUGAGACGCUUGUGUUGAUUAAUUUUGUUUAGCCGUGAAGACGUGUGUUGUUGAGGAAAUACACGUACUGCAAGUGCCUAUCAAGUAAUAGUGUGGAAGGGAUUGUGAGCUGCAGUGAGAGGGCAGGUGAGAAAACACAGCAGGUGAGAGGCUCGUCGACAAGGCAGCAGGACGUCACAGGAAAGGGCUGACGUCACAGGAAGACGCUGACAUAACAGAAAAACACUGACGUAACAGGAAAACGCUGACGUAACAGGAAAGCGCUGACGUUUACAGGAAAGCGUUGACGUCACAGGAAAGCGCUGACGUCACAGGAACACGCUGACGUCAUGGUCUCGUUACUCCUACGCAACUCACGGCCAGGAAUCCGAUCACACAUAAUCAAACUCCUAAAACUGGGCAUCGCGGUCACUGUCGUUUACAUUCUCACCAGCUAUCUGCGCCUCAUUGCCUUCCCGCAUAGGGCACUGACCGACACCAUGGUCACAAACCAGAAUCGUAUCGCGGAGAUCGGCGUCCUGAAAAGAACUGUGACUGACCAAAAAUGCGUCCACCCUCAGCUAAACGUACACGAUCCGGCCAUCAUGAAGUUCUACAAGGAGUACAAGAAGCUGGACUGUUUCCGAGACGCCGAGUGGGUGAGCCUGAGCAGGGGUCAGUUUGUGAAGUCCUCCGAGGUUGAGGCGAAGGUGGGGAAGAUGGAGUGUGACCUCACGCCCAUAGAGAGGGACGGGGACUUCAAUGUGAAGGACGGGAAGCGGAUGGCUGGUGUGGCGAACGGGACGAAGAUCGACCGCGACUUCUACCGGGUGGAAUGUCGAGCGGCGGGGGGAAAGACUUAUAAGAACAUCCAUGCUGGGAUAAGGAACGACAAGACUAUAGCAGACAGAGCCAAAACAUUCGUGGGUGAGAAAGGGUUAGGGCUGGACAUCUUCAUAUUUGGGCAGGAUUCUACGUCACGGCUAGCUAUGCUACGUCAUCAACCUAAGACCAGGGAAUAUCUCGUGAAGGAGCUGGGAGCCAUCGAAUUAGAG